AUGCUGCACUCUAAGCGCCAGUGUCCGAAGCAAAGGGUGCUUUGCGCUGGAAGGUCAGCGCGUCUAAGUUGUGCAGCUGGGUAAUUUGCCACGUGGCAGCUCACAAUCUCAGGCGCGGACACCGGAAUCGAGCUGCAUGCCCUGCGCGGCGCGCGCGAAUUCUCCCCGCAGCUGUGCGCACGUGUUCGGCCGAGCGCUCAGUGGACUUGUGGACUUCUGGAGAGUUGCGUGUAUGGUGCCGUAGUCAAUCCCUGGGAGGCUUAUUGCUUUCUGGGUAUGACAGACGAUCACCUCAUCACCACUCUCGACAAACAUUUGUCCCCUUUUCUCAAGAUUGGAUCGGUUAGUAUCUUGCAUUCGACUUUCGCGAGCUCUUUUUUAGAGCAGGUUGGUGCCGAAUGCAAAUUGGGAAGAGCGGACGCUGGGAGAUGGUCGGGGCGUUAAGAAGGGAACGGGGCCAGCGAGAGCGAGAUGGCAGCCUCGAGAGUAAUCGCACCUGAAUCUUGACUUGCAGAAGAUCACAGGCUAUCCAUCAAUAGAGCGGGUCAUCUGCCAGUCGUCGACACCUGCUCCGACCUAGGCGCCAGUCCGGCACUGUGUGGAGUCGGGCCACUUAGCCUCGGCCGCUGACGAAGCAGGGUGUCGCUGGAUGAUGACGGCAAGGCAGCGAGGAAUUGCAAAGCCAAUCAGUCUUGAGCAGUCUUGGGGUGCUGACUAGAAAAUCGAAGUCAGUCAUUUCCACGCACCUUUGCUGACUCCAAAUGACUCUCGCCUUAUGACAGUCACAAUGGCUUCUCAGGCAACGCCCCGAGCUGGAUUUGGCAGGCGCAGCAAGCUGAACCCCUUGCUGAACAAGAAGCCCACCGACGUCAAGCCCAAGCCCAGGAACGCAAAGGCGGCAGCCACCGGCGAGGACAAGCCCACGACUGUCACCAAGCAGCUUAAGAAGGGAGGUUCUCGCACUGUUCCAUCCGACAAAGCCAGCCGCUACUAUCCCGCCGAGGAUGUAGCAGUGCCCAAAAAGAGCCGCAAGGCUCCCAAGCCCGCGGUUCUGCGCAGCAGCAUCACUCCUGGAACUGUCCUCAUCUUGCUCGCCGGACGCUUCCGCGGAAAGAGGGUCGUCUUCCUCCGACAAUUGCCCUCUGGUUUGCUCCUCGUCACUGGACCCUUCAAGGUCAACGGCGUUCCUCUGCGUCGCGUGAACCAGGCAUACGUCAUUGCGACCAGCACCAAGCUCGAGAUUGGCAACCUUUCUGUGAGUGCCCGAAACAAAUGGAAUGGACUUGGCGAGACGCGAAGGAAGAAAGAGGCAAGCAGAGGCGUAAUAGGUUGAGAGUUGAACAGAUUUGUAGAAAUUUUGGUCGCUUGGGUACAAACUCAGGCUCAGAAAGUUUGAGAGAGGAGCCAAUCCGCGGGAGCCUACAGAUUGCUGGGGGGUAUCGCUGAUCGGAACGAACGAGUGCUGACCCAGGAAUGAUGUUUCUCGCAUUCAGCUUGACGAGAGCGUCCUCGAUGAGAAGAAGUACUUCAAGAGCGAGAAGAGCUCCGGCGCCAAGCCCGAGGCCUCCUUCUUCACCGACCCCGCAAACAAGCAAAAGAUCUCGGAGAGCAAGGUCUCCAACCAAAAGUCAGUGGACAAGGCUAUUUUGGCGGCUAUCAAAUCUCAAGGACCUGCAUUGCGCAAGUACCUGUCCUCCACUUUCGGUCUCUCCAACGGAGACCGUCCCCACCUCAUGCGCUUCUAA